UACCCCGUGCGAAUCGCGAGGAAAGCCCGCAUUGAAGAAGUGGUGGAGGCGUCAGUGGAGUCAUAGCCUUACGUCCUCGCCACGUCAGUUGGUUCACAGUUUCCGGACACGACAGACCAACGAGAUAGAAUUAUAUCACUACAUGUAAUUUGGAACAUAUCUUUUAUGACAUAUCGACUAAAGGACUUAUCAAAAUAAAACUUAUUUGCGUGCACAAGAUAACAACAAUAAUCCUUUUCAACAAAACUUUCAUUAGAAAAUGAAACUUGCAACAAUAUUGGCCGGGACUUUUGUUUUGUAUUCAUGUUUGUUAAACACAAUAAAAUGCCAGAGAUUUGCGGAUCAUCCAUUGUCACCCUAUAUUACUGUGAGUCAUAUCGCCUAUAGAGAUAGACGUAAUAAAGCUGAGCCUACGUGUGAAGAGUUACGUGCUAUGUGGAGAUAUAGUAAACGACAAAGUCGUGCUGCUGAAAUAACUAAUGAUUUGCCUAUGUAUCGGGAUCCGUUUUCAUAUAAUGUUUGGGAAUCUUAUCCAGUCCGGUCAACUGUAUCAUCUAACUAUCGAGCUUUAAAUGAACGCGAUGAGCAAGCUCGCAAUCGUGGUGGUGGUCGAGCACCGGUGUAUGGGAAAAUGGUUCAUAAAGCACCACCCGAAAGCAGAUUACGUAAUGGGAUGCCAAACCGGAUGAAGACAUUUGAAGAAGUAGCCAGAAUGUAUGGAACAAUUAAUCGACAGCCGCCAGAUUUGAGAAGACCACAAUAUAAUUUCCGAGUUGGUGGAGGAUCACAUGUUCCACAAGCUGGCAGUUUUCAACAUCUUAAGGAGCUUAUCCGUACUGAACGUGCUCGUGAGCUACAGGAACAGAGAAUGGCUGAAGAAAUAGCAGCAAAGGCAUCUACAAUAAAUGAUAUUAAAGAAGAUCAACGUGGUAAAGUAUCUGAAUCAAGACAUUAUUUAAAUACCAUACAAUCAUAUCAAGAGCCAAAGAAUAUUAAUCAUAACUUUGGAAGAUCCCAGUAUAUUCCAAGUUUAAGUGGGUUUGGUGAUGGAUUAUUGAGGAGUGACGAGUAUGACCGCAAUUCCAUGGUACAUUAAUAAAACAACCGCAAUGAUCUCGGCAAAUACUAAAUGUAACACGAACUGCCCAUGAUUAAUCUACAAUAUCAAAAGAUGACAAUAAUUAAAUGAUUAAAGGUAUGUAUUUCCAGCCGUGUUUUCGAGUAGUUAUUGAUCGAAUUUACGCGAAAAAGAAUAUAUUUAUAGCAAUAUAAAAAUUCUUUGAUGACUCGAUUCUUAUUGAACCGAACAUAUCUGAAUUUUCAAAUUCUAGAGAGAUUAAAAAAUAUUUCACUUGUAUAGUCUUCACACAAAAGAAAACGAUAAAAAAAUAAUAAUUCAAUCAUAUUGUCAGUGAAAUAAAAUAUCUUUGGGCAGACAAAAUGCUCACUUUAAAGAAUGGUACAAUAUUAAAAAUACCAUGUUACAAAACAUAUUGGCUUUAAUUUGAAAAUAAGUGUGGAAUUCUAGUUAUGGUGAUUAAACUUGUCAUUAAACAAGUUUCAAUAUUUAAGUAAAUUCUUUAAAUAAAAUUAAACUUGUUCAUAAAGACUAAAUAGCCAAAAAAAAAGGUUUUUAAUCGAGAGUAUCUUGCAAUUAUUAAUUUAUAAUCGAAAACUGUUUUCGAUUACCAAUCACUCGAGUUCGAUAUAGAAAUGAGACAGGACUGUCCGUAAUUUUUUGGCGGAAAACUUAUGAAACCUGAUCUUGUCUGGUGUCAAAUAAAAAAAUUUAAAUCUCUGCUAAUAAUUAAGUAGAUACUUCUUAUACUUAUUUGAGUAAUAAUAAACAAAAUAUUGUGGCUUUUGCUUACUAUUCUAUUAAAAAUAAUAAGGAAAUAAUGAGUAAAUUAAAAAUACUUCUUAAAAAUGAUAAAAAACAGAAAAAAAAUCUUGACAAAAUCUCAAAUGUUAAUGCUUCGUUUUUUGAAAUAAGGCUGAAAAGAUAUAUAAAUUUUAUCCUCAAGAGUACGGCUAAAAUUUUGAAUUAAAAAAUUGUAAAAUAUAUAAAUUUUAAGAUUUAUUUAAACUUUAAGCUCGAGCUUCAAUAUCUGCUAUAUCUAACAGGGUUGUUAUAUUUUUUUUGUCAGUAAUAACAAUAAUUACUUAUCAAAAUCACUGAUCCAGUGCUUAGGCAUGACUUCAGUGUUAAAGAGUAAAUAUAACAUUUAAUGAACAGAGAAAAUUUAUUUUUCAAUAACUUAAUAAUUAUAUAAAUUAUUAUUUUUAUGAAUUAUACAGAUGAAAAAAGAUUGAGACUAAUUUUAAACAAAAGUCUAUAUAUAUUUCUUUUUAAAUCUGAAAAAAUAUUUGAAUGGAAGCUUUCCAA